GGCAACUGCUCAAGGACUUAGAAAUCGUACUGAAUCACCACGUCGACCUUUCGUGCUCUCACGAUCAUUUUUUGCAGGUUCUCAACGAUAUGGUGCUAUUUGGACGGGUGACAAUGGUUCAAGUUGGGAUUAUUUAGCCAUAUCAACUCCUAUGCUAUUGACCCUGGGUAUUUCUGGGUUGCCAUUUUCAGGAGUUGAUGUCGGUGGAUUUUCUGGUGAUCCGCAGCCUGAACUCUUUGUUCGAUGGUGUCAAGCAGGAGCUUUUGAACCCUUCUUUCGUGGACAUUCUGAUAAUUAUACAAAAAGACGUGAACCAUGGGUAUUCGGUGAACCAUAUACCGGUUAUGUUCGUGAUAUAAUAAAAGAAAGAUAUUCGUUGUUACCUUUAUGGUAUACUCUAUUCUACGAAGCCAUCUGUCCUGACGACGAACAAGUCUACGAAAUGGACGAUCAAUUUUUUGUUGGCAAUUCGUUACUUGUCAAGCCUAUUGUAAAGGAAGGCCAAACAUCUACUGAAGUGUAUUUUUCAGGAAACGAGAUAUAUUACGAUUAUUUUACAUUUGGAAAAGUUCACGGGCCCAUUAAAGUUCAAAUUGAUGCCCCUUUAAACAAAAUUCCUGUCUUUUUACGCGGCGGAUCCAUUAUUCCAAAGCGACAGACAAUUCGAAGAUCUUCUUCCGCCAUGCAUUUAGAUCCUUUUACAUUAGUGAUUGCAUUAAACGAAAAUAGAGAAGCAAUUGGCUCUUUAUAUUUGGAUGAUGGUGAAACUUAUGAUUACGAGAAAGGAUAUUUUGUUUAUCGUCAAUUUAGAUUCUCUGCUGAAAAAUUGGCGUCCACGUCAUUAUCAUUAUUUGAUAAUGAUAAAAAUAUAUAUGAGCAGUCAAUUAAUUCCGUUUAUGUUGAGCAAAUAAUAGUAUUAGGAUUUGAUUUGAAACCCAGCAGAAUUAUUGCACAUUAUAGCAAUGCAACUUCUGAUUUUGAAUUACAAUUUGAAUGGAAAGACUUUGAUGCACUCAUUAUAAAAGGCUCUAAUCU